AUAGAUUGGACAUGGGAAGUUGAUUUGCGGAUUUUGAUUCUCAUUUAUAAAUAUAAUAAUUUUCGACUAUAUGAAAGUGAAAAUAAAAAUUGUUACUUUGAAACUGCAUUUUGCUUACCACUUCAUUCAUUAGAAUGCCACAAGUUUUUCAAGUACUGAGAUGUUACAAAUGUUCCAUAUUUCAGGUACACCAAACAAGAAAAGAUAAUAAAUGGAAAUGCAAAGUGUGCGGUGAGAAGCAGUCAUUAAAAAGACACUAUAACAUAGGUACUGCUAAAGAUUGUAGGAUACAUGUUCAAAAGCUCAACAAUAUGCGAGGGGAUAUAAUGGAAACCUUAAAAUUAAAGGCUGAUUCAGACAGUGACUUUGAAGACGACACAGAAAACAAUACUAAAAUUAUAAGUACUCAGGUAUUAGCAAAUAAUACCAAGAAAGAAAGUAAAUGGACAGCUUAUAUUGAGAAAGAGGAAAUCGUUGACGAGAAAGACCCUGAGUAUAUCGACAAUAUAGAAGUAUGUUUGGAGCUCCCGAAUAAACGAAAGAUAAAUACGAAAACUAAACGGUUCAAAGUUCCAAAAGUAUCCAAUAAUAAUGAUUGUUAUGAAAAGACUAAUAUUAUGAAUAACUUAUCCACUUUAAAUAGCGAUGAGAUAAAUAGUUUUAAUCUUAAAAACAAUUGCACCAUCACAUAUACAUACGAUACAAGUAGCGUUAAUAAUAAUUUGGAAUCGAGCAGAGCGAAAAAAGAUGUAAAUAAAAGUGCUAAUUUUCAAACAAAUAAAGCCUCUAAAUGGGCGCAAUACGAAAAUAGUGAUCAUUUUGAAGACACCGAAAAUGAUAGAAACUACACCAUAGAAAAUAAAGAAUAUUUUGAUGACCACAGACCAAAAAUUGUUGAAUACAAUAAUCCAAAAAAAGAAAAAAAUACGGUAUACAAUGAACAGAAAUAUAUAAGAGAUGGCAAUGAAAAAAUAAACCACUUUCUAAAAACAGAAAUUGAUACCCCUCCCUUACCUAAUAAACCUAUAUUUGCCUUGUGUGAUGAUGAUAGUGAUUUAGAUAAAAUUUUAGACUUUUAAAUUAUAUUUUGUAGCAAGAAUAGGAACCCAUAAUAGCCCAUUAUUAUUGUGAAUAAAAAGUACAUAGGUAAUAAGCUUUUUUCAUAUUGCUAAGGAUAAAUAGGUACUUCCGCUAACGUUGCAUCAACACAAUGCAUUAUUUCAUUUUACAGUAAACAUAGUAUUCACAUUAAGCUAAAUUACCUGCCCACAUAUUAUUACAUAAAUUCAGAGGUUACUUAAGUGUUCCUAACUAAUUUUGUUUUUAUAUUAUUUUCUUAAUUCACCUAUUAAUUUAAUAAAUAAUUUAUAUUUC